AUGCAUCUAAUCCUUACUGGCGCCACCGGGCUGAUUGGCUUAAGCGUCCUCGACGCCAUGCUCAGGACAGCUGAAGUCACCAAAAUAUCCAUUUUAAGCCGUCGACCCGUUCCGAUGGCUGACAACGCCAAAGACCCCAGAGUCAAUGUCAUUAUUCACAAAGAUUUCCUCCAUUACGACUCAGAGGUUCUCAGCAAGCUACAGGGUGCUAGCGGCGCGGUAUGGGCACUUGGAGUUAGCCAGACCAAGGUAUCGAAAGAGGAGUUUAUAAAGAUUACAAAAGACUUCACUCUUGCAGGCGCAGAGGCAUUCUCCAAGCUUGCGCCCAACGAGGAUCCGUUCCGUUUCAUAUUCGUGUCAGGCCAAGGCUCAACCCAGACGCCUAGCACAUUUAGCAAUCUAUACGGCCGUACCAAAGGCGAGACAGAAAUUGCGCUUUCAGGGAUGCGCUCUGCGAAUCCUCGGCUCUUGGCGGAGGCUGUGGGGCCUGGAUUCGUUGAUGGAAAGGGCCAUGCCGCGAUUCAACCCUAUCUGCAGCAACAAGGCUUUUUAAUUGACAACAGCAAAAUGCUGCUCCGAAAACCAAUUGAAGUGGCUGCAAAGUGGCUACACUGUCCAACAGAGCCAAUGGGGCGGUUCUUGGUUGGAAUGGCGUUGGGAAAGUACGAGACACAGUUGCGAGCAGAUCCCGAUGUUGUAACGAUGGAUAGCGGUCUAAGGGUCAUCAAGAACUCUACGAUAACCCGGAUAACUGGUCUUGAGAAUUAG